AUGGUCAAGACAAUCCUCACCAUCGCUGCAAUCUGCUCUGUCGCCAUCGCACCAGCUGUUGCCUUUGCCCCACAAUCAACGCUGUCUUCCAAAGUUCUUUCAAGUCAUAGCAAGAAUUUCGAGUCCACCAAGAUGUUCAUGUCCGACGACGACUCAUGGGAAGCCUCAAAAUCUGCGAUGGUCGGAGGUGCUGGAGUCAACAACGCCGGAGAGCCACCAUUUGAGAUCCGUGGUUUCUCUCUUGGAAACUUGAUCAUUGCUUCUGGUGUUCUUAUUACUGUCCUUUCCUUUGUUGAAUAUUUGAGUGAUUCUGGAAGCGAGGGUUUGAAUGUUUCCGGUUUGGGAUUUGUGUAUGGAAUUCCUGUUUUCCUGGCCGGUGCUGCUUUGAAGUAUGCUGAAAUUGAACCCGUCCCAGUCUUCAGCACACCUGAAGGUGAACAGAUUUACGAAUCCAAGAAAACUGAUAUCAUUGAUAAGAUUAAGAAAGAUGUGACCAGACACAGAUAUGGAGACGAAGCCCACUUGGAUACCACCGUAAAAAAGCUUGGAUUGGUCAUUCCAGGAAAGGCAUACCCACAACUCCGAGAACUUCGACAAGAAGAAGUCGACGGAGAGUUGGCAUUCACCAUUGUUUGGCAAUCGUUGGAAACCCCAUACAAGAUGUGGGCUGAUGAGCGCCGAAUUAAGAAGUACGAAACAUACUUUGGAAAGGGUGUCACUGCCGAUGUUGUUAAGAUUGAUGCCGAGCAAAGAUUGGUCGGAAUCCGUCUGAUUACCAACAGCGAUGUACCUGCCAAGACAGAAGAAACUGUUGAAGCAUAA